AUGCUGUGCCAUGCUGGUAGCGUGGUGGUGGAGGAGACGAUAGCUCCAACCCCCACCCACCCGUCCUCUCCUUCUCCCAUUCUCCUCGCCCUUCCAGAUGCUGAUAGCGGUGUUGGAGGAGAUGGUAGCGCGCAACGUGCUCAGCCGCGUCCUGCAGUUCUGCCGAAAGUAAACACCCUUCCUGCAUCGCACCUCCCUGCUUGCAUCGUCUUUCAGUGCCGCUCUACCUAUUCUCGUUAUGUGCUUCCCAAGGCUUUCUCUGCCAUUGCAUCCCACGUUCACCGCUCUUCCCUUCCCGCCUGCACGCGCACUACCCCCCAACACCCUCGUGCAACCCCCUCCCCCUCCCCCACCAUUCGAGCAGGUUGGUACGGCAUCAGCGCUACAGCACGUCGCGGCCACGCCAAAGCUGCAGCAGGGGGUGUGGGGUAUGUGGUAAAGGACGUAUUCCACAUGCUGGCGCAGGUGGUGGGGCGGGAGGCGGAUGCGCUGGCAGAGCUGGCGGAGCUGCAGGGCUUUGUGCUGCCGCUGCUGCGCGCCUCCACUGCUGCCAACAUGACCACACAGGCGGACGCCACCGCCGCUGCUGCCGCCCUGGAGGGUGGCGCCACGGAGCGGAGGACGGCGUGGCUGCAUUGUGAUGAUGUGUGCCUUUGCGUAGAGAAGGGGAGCGGGCUGGGCUAG